AUGUUUUCAGUGCUUUUUUUGUUUCUUGUUUCUUUCAAGAGAUUCAUAUACAAUUCGAAGUCCUCGCUCGCGCUGCUCUUCAGAAGACCCAGGUCUGUUGUGACGUCCUCGACGUUUGCUGGCAGUCACGUGGUCGUCUCAAAAGCGCGUGCGCGAGAGUCGAGCCCAGCGCAUCCCAAAUAGCGGUGAGCGGCGCCGAUGCUGUGACUCCCGCAGCGACAAAAUACACAACCGGACACAGUUUAUAUCAAGAACGCGUUUGUUUGUUUGUUUUUUCUCGGUUAAAAAGAAGAAAGAAGGAGAAUUUAUUGCAACAAAUACCAACGCUUCAAGCUGAAUAAAAAGGCGGAUUCAAUGAGCAGAUCAUUAUAAGCAACUGAAAUCCUCUUCUGUUCUCUCUCUCUCUCUAUGGGGAAGCUGGAAGAUGGAGGAAAAAAGCCCUCGUGUAGCAGACUACUUUGUUGUGGCAGGCCUCACUGAGUUUUCAGAGCCCUUUGAAGAGGACAUAACGUGCAAUGAAAGCUGCCAGAGGAGCUCAACCCAAGCUGAGGCGCCAAUCACAGACGUGGCGGUGGUGUUUCGUUCUCAGGGCGAGGAGGUGCCGCCGGGCUACACCUGCAUCGAGUGUACUCCCUCUGGCCUUUCUGCUGAGCUGAACGGUGGGAGCAUCAUAGCCCCACAGAUCUUUCUGUGCUACAGGCGAGGACGGGACAAGCCGCCUCUCACUGACCUUGGCAUUCUCUAUGAGUGGAGGGAGAAAUUGAAGCCGGGAUGCCACAUCAUCCAAAACACACCUUCUGGUCGUCCUGCGAACAUCAGCAGCUCUUCCUCACAAAGAAUCUACAUCACAUACCGUCGUGCUCCCGAGUGUCAUUCUCAUGCCACACUGGCUGUCACAGACAUUUGUGUUAUCAUUCCCGGCAAAGGAGAAACACCACCAUAUGCCUUCUGCAAAGUGGACAAAAACCUAAACAGCAGCAUGUGGGGGUCCUCUGUCUACCUGUGCUACAAAAAGUCUUUGGCCAAAACGAACACUCUUGCAUUCAAAGCAGGUUUGCUAUCACGGUACCCAGAAGAGGACUACGAAUCGUUUCCUUUGCCCGAGUCAGUCCCCCUGUUCUGCCUGCCAAUGGGAGCAUCCAUAGAGUGCUGGCCCUCUCAAACGAAAUACUCUCUGCCUGUAUUCUCGACAUUUGUUCUCACUGGAGCUUCUGGAGAAAAGGUUUAUGGUGCAGCGAUCCAGUUUUACGAGGUGUACCCAGAGGAGCGUCUGACUGAUAGGCAGCGCACACUGCUGGGACUACAAGCCAGUGGCCCGAGGACUGAAGACUCAAUGACGGUCCACACCAACAAGAGCAUCUGCCUUCUUUCUCGCUGGCCCUUUUUCGAUGCUUUCAACACUUUCCUCACCUUCCUCUACCGCUACUCAAUUUCCGGGCCUCAUACGUUGCCCAUUGAGAAGCAUAUCUCUAAUUUUAUGCACAAAGUCCCUUUCCCAUCUUCUCAAAGACCUCGCAUUCUGGUCCAGCUAUCUCCACACGAUAGCCUUAUGCUGAGCCAGCCUGUUUCUUCUCCUCUGCCUCUGAGUGGUGGAAGUCUCUCUACACUGCUACUAAAUCUGGGUCCUAAAAACUCAGUGACAUUACUAGUUCUGGCUGUGACAGAGCACAAGAUUCUGGUGCAUUCACUGCGGCCAGCUGUGCUAACCAGCGUUACCGAGGCCCUGGUUUCAAUGAUCUUUCCUUUCCACUGGCCAUGCCCAUACAUUCCCCUGUGCCCAUUAGCACUGGCGGAUGUGCUCAGCGCUCCAUGCCCCUUCAUAGUUGGGGUGGAUUCACGCUAUUUUGAUCUGUAUGAGCCACCGGCAGACAUCAGCUGUGUGGAUCUAGACACUAACACCAUCUCACACAAAGAAGAUCGCAGAGCCCUGACAUGGAAGAUUCUGCCAAGGAAAGCCUGUAAACGUCUGAUCAAUACCCUCAGCAAUCUCCAUCAGGAGCUGGUGCAGGAUUAUUUACUCAGUCGUGAGGAAGGCCAUAUAGAUGCCGCUAUGAGUGAGCGUGAACCUGGCAGUGGCGUAAAGAGUCUCCAGUCGCUGGAGUUAGAGAUCCAAGAAGCCUUCUUGCGUUUCAUGGCAGCCAUCUUAAAGGGUUACCGCUCGUACUUGCUUCCCAUUACCCAGGCUCCCUCAGAAAAAGCAACUGAUGCCAGCUCCCUCUACGACCUACAAGGAUUCUUGAAAAGUCGUGAUCGCUCAAAUCAGAAGUUUUACUCCCUCAUGACCAAGACUCAGAUGUUCAUCCGCUUUAUUGAAGAGUGCUCCUUUGUCAGUGAUAAGGAUGCAAGCUUGGCGUUUUUUGAUGACUGUGUCGACAAGCUCUUUGGCACAGAAAAAGGAGGAAAGGUGGACAGUGAGAGACCGGAAGAUACCAGGCUUAUUGAGCUAGACAAAUCACAUCGCAGUGAACACACAGUGUUCAUCACACCUCCAGAGCUUCCUCCUGUGCCCGAGGGAGAAGAGCCCUCCAUUCUUUAUAGCUACAGCGGCUUCCCUGUGCUGAAUGCUGAACUCUGUGAACCCCAGAAGGGCUUGGACAUCCCCAUGGCAACCUCAAACUCCAGACACACCAGCCCUGGGAGUCCAGCCGCCAUUUUCCGCCGCUCCAAACAGGAGAUUAAAUCAUCCCAGCGCAUGGCCAAAAUAUACUCAUCAAUACCUCACAUGUGGUCCAAGUGUCUGCUGCGCCACUGCCAUGGCCUGUGGUUCAUCUGCCUGCCAGCAUAUGUAGCUGCGUGCCACUCUAAAGUACGGGCACUCCGAGCUGCUUACGAUGUACUGAGGAUGAUGCAGGACAAGAAGCUACAGCCACCUGAUGAGGUGUGUUACCGGAUCCUGAUGCAGCUCUGUGGGCAGUACGGACAGCCAGUCUUGGCGGUACGAGUGUUGUUUGAGAUGAAGAAGGCUGGAGUUCAGCCCAAUGCUAUAACAUACGGAUACUAUAACAGAGCGGUGUUGGAGAGUACAUGGCCUUCCUCCACUAGAGGGGGCUAUUUCCUGUGGGGUAAAUUGCGCAAUGUAGUCCGGGGUGUGGUGCAGUUCAAACAAGUGUGGAGAAGGCAGGCUAGUCAUGCUAAAGAUCCUCACCUCUCAGAUGCCAGUGAUCUGGACAGCGUGAGCCAUGGCAGUCUGGACAGCACUAAUGACUCAGCAGAGCGAGCCUCUAUCGAUACUGAUUUUACCAAAAUGGACUCCAGCGAUGAUGGAUCCAGCACAGGUGGACAAUCAGAUCAGGGCUAUGACUCAUUGUCUAAAGAGGAGGUGCGAUUGGGGGGAGGAGAAGAGCAGGAUAGCUCUUCUCACAUGAAGGAGAAGAAGGAGAGAGAGAGCAUUCCACUGGCCAAGACAGGAACAUCUAUAAAGAAGGACUCAUCGGUUUUACUGAAACCCUCAGAUGUAAGAGGCACUGUAGCAGUGCCCAAACGCCCCAACUCACUGGACAUCUUUGGGAAAAAUACUAUAAGGCCCAGUAAAUUGGAACUAAAUUCUAAUCAACUGCUGAAUGUCUCUGAAGGGUGCAAACAGAAGCAAACGUAUUCAGAUGAGGCGGUAUUAGAGGAAGCAACAGACACCACAUACCCACUCAAACCUGCUUCAGAGAGGAGUACAAGUUGCACAGUUGCCAGGGAGACUAGCAUUAGCGAUGCACGUUGCAGUGUGGCAAGGAGUGUGAGCUUCGGCAGCUCACUAGGCCAUGUGCCACAACGUACAGGGAUUGAGUCUGGCUUUGAUCCAUUAUCUCUUCUGGCAGCUGAAAGCAAGGCUGGAAAGCCAGAUGAGUCAGUAGAAAUGGAUGGUGCCCCUGGCACAUGCCGCCACCUGGCUGAUGAGAUUCAGCUUUACAUGGAGAACCUGAGCAGCCCUGUGAGUCAGCGAUCUCUCAGUACAGAUCUACGCAGCCUCCAGAGCCCCUCACCACACAGCUCGCCUCGCCAGACUGCUGUACCAGGAUCUCCAAGCACCCAGUUGCAGCCCCAGCUCCGGAGCAGACUGUUCUCCACACCCUCACUGCCACUGCGAUGCCAACGUAGAAGCAGCUUAGUCCGGCCCACCUCAUUAGUCUCACCAUCCUCACCCACACCUUCAUCAUCCUCCUUCUCUAUGGAAUCCCUGCUUACACCCACACUAGAUGUGUUUAGGAGCAGCUUCAUGUCUGCAGGGAAGGGUGUGGCUGAGAAGGCUAGUCGUCUUUAUUCAAGGCUCUCUUCACAGACUUCCAUUGCACAGGACCUGAAUUCUGAUCAGGUGAGCGUGUCUUCAUUGGGCUCAGGUGAGCCUGACUGCUCCUCUCUGUUUGAGGGUGAACUCAGUCUUGACCCAGACGGUCUUUCCUCCCCCCAACGAGAUGCCUCUCUCAACGUCACGCCCUUUAAGAAAAGUCCAAACAGGAACAGUCGCUGUUUAGAGAGUCCUUCUGCACCUUCCAGGCUUUUUCGCCAGGCCUCCCUCCUUGGAUCAUCACUGGCAGUAGUGAAAGCCCCUCAAACCCCAGAUGUGUGUCCUGAUGUCAGCCUCCAGCAGCAUUAUGACAUAGAGGUGCACAUGUCCAGUUGCUCACGCUGCAACACUUGCGAGUGCCUGGCAUAUGAUGAAGAGAUCAUGGCUGGCUGGACAGCUGAUGACUCCAAUUUGAAUAGCACUUGCCAUUUUUGUGGCUCAGCUUUCUUGCCUCUGCUUAAUGUGGACAUUCAGGACCUGACCAGCCAGGAAAGAAUUCCAUGUCAAGGCCAGUCUAGUUCUCAGUUGGAAACAAAUGGUGCUUCAGAUGAUGAUGAAGAGCCAAGCAGAAAAUCCACAGAGAGUGUCUCCAAAUGUGCUAGCACAGAGCCAAUCACCGUGCCCUACUUGAGCCCUCUGGUGCUGUGGAAGGAGCUGGAGAGCCUCUUGGAGAACGAGGGUGAGCAGGUUAUUUCUUCACCAGCCAUUGUGGACCACCACCCCAUUGUCUUCUGGAAUCUGGUGUGGUUUUUCCGCAGACUGGAGCUGCCCAGCAGCCUGCCUGCCCUCCUCCUCAGCUCCAUGCACUGCAGUCAAAACAUGCAGAUUGAUCCACAACCUCUCCAGAGCAGUGCCUCAGAGGACAGUAAGAAUGUGUUAAUCCAGAUUUUGUGGGACAACCCCAAACUGCACCAGGAUCCUAUCCCACCUUGCUACAUGCUGUGGAAUGCACACUGUUCAAACUCUGAUGUUUGUGUCUCCUCCUUGAUGGAGGAGAAACAGCCUGUGAGCCUGGAGCUUCUCCAGAGUGUUGUCAGGAGCAUUCAGAAGAACGAUGUCUACCAGCCCAUGAGUCAGAUACUUCAGCUGCUUGGUACCAGACUGGGAUUCAUCAGACAACGGAGCCUAUAUAGAGAUAUCCUAUUCUUGACAUUGGUGGCUUUGGGCAAGAACAGUAUCAACAUUGAUGCUUUUGACCGUGAGUACAAGUUGGCGUAUGAUCGACUCACCCCCAGCCAGGUCAAGUUAACUCACAACUGUGACCGUCCACCUGGCGCUGGAGUCAUGGAAUGUAGAAGAACUUUUGGGCUGCCAUGUCUGUAAUUUCUGUAAUCCCACAGUUCUCCCACUACAUCUUUCUCUUCCUCCAUCACCCAGAGAAAGAUUUGUGAGUCUGAGACAGCCAAAGAAGAAGGAUUCACUACGACCAAAGCUACCUCUGGCUCUGAACAGGGCCAUGUAGACACUUAGAGGCAUUUCCGAGCUCUCUGUUAAAACCAACUUGUCUGUUGCUCAUUCCGAUUUAACGUGUACUACCUUUGAACACUACAUUGUAAAUGCUUCUGUUUUCCUCAUAUAAUCACCCUAAAUUUCGACCCGCUACACAUUUCACUCUGGAUUCCCAUGAUACAAUGAAACAUUUAGUCUCUCUCAGGUAAUCUUUAGUACCGAGGACAUUGUAGAUUAGGAGCAAUAUCAUCUAGUGCUCAGGUCACAGCAUCACCCAUUAAAAUUAAAUCACAUUGACAGGAUCGUGGAGUGGUUUUGGGACCAGUAGCACUAUGUAUUAUACUGUUUAGGACCCUUAGUAGAAAAGCACAAUGAACAAACCCCAAUGAGACUUUUCUUACAUUCCUCCCAUAGUAUUCUAUAGACAUUUGUAUAUUAACACAGAAGAAAUUCACCUUUCUGUAUAUAGCCUAUUAUUCUAUUAUUUAGAAUAUUUGUAUUAUAAAGGUAUAUUUUAAGGUUUGUAUUUGUUAUAAUUGAGUUGUCUUAAUAUGUAAAGACAGUACCAAGCAGUGUAUUGGUUUUCAUUUGCAAGUGUGUUGUCUAUGAAUAUGGUCCUGGAGACCAUUAUUGUGAUAUCUGUGAAGCGUAUUGUCAUAGAUGAGGUACAGAACUGGACCAAAUCAGAUAUUAACUGAUGAAUUACAUGACUGUUUAUGAGGAGUAAGAAAAGGUGACUGUAGUAAUAUAAGAAUAUUGUAAUUUAACUAAGGAACUAAAAAAAUGCCUUAUUAUUAAAGAGGUCAAAUGAACUGCAGAAUUGCAUGACCAACUAGCAAUGCAUAGAAUACAUUUAAACUCUGCUCUUAGAUAUUAUGAGGCUAAAACGAAUCACUUCCUUGCCUACAUUACAUGCAGCAAACAUACGGUUUGCUUUAAUUAUAUUUAACUGUAUGUACGGCAGUCUGGCGUCUUAUUAGUCAAAGGAAGUUUUUAGCCACGUCCUCUCAGACAGGUGCAAUGUUUUAUUUUGUUUUUAUAUUUCAUUAUUUUCUUUUUAAUAAAGUGUCUUUAUGUAUGAGGUAAGCUAGUAUUUUAGCCUUACGCACAACUGAAAUUCACAUGUAGAAAAUAUUUUAUAGACGUUUACAAAUCAGCAGUGUUCUGCUGCUGGAGCGUUUGAUUACAAUAUUUUCCACAUUUUAUUUAAUAUAUUAUCUGUUUAUGGUUCAAUUUGAAGUCACGGUACCUGAAAAGCAAUUUACAGAUAUAUAGAGCACAUGAGCACUUGAGUCUGUCAAAUCUUUGUGAUGAAGUUAAAUGUUAGCUGCAGCAAAUAUAUACACAUAAAUAUAUAUGUGUAUAUAUUUGCAUAGCUCAAUCUGAAUUAAUAUGCUUUGGUAAUGUUAAGUGGUAAAAUUCAUUUAGGCUUUAUUACAGAACUGUUACGUAUUAUACAUUCUGGCCAUGACCCAUGGCGUAAAAUGUUUAGGACUCUAGCUAUGAAGAUGAAGAAUGAAGAAUACCACGCCAAAGAAUUAUAGUUUCAGUUUGACCCGAUGCUGUGCAAAUGUGUAAGAAUUUGAAGCCCUGACACUGCCGUUCAUGAUUUUGAUUCCUGUUUUCUUUAUCCUAAAUCCUUAUCUGCAUAGUGCAGUGCAUCACUUGAAUCUAACUGUUUUUUUAAGUGGCAAGUGAGUUUAAAUAAUAUUUCAAAAUGUAUUAUAAUUUCAAUAUUGUCGAAAGUUGGUUUGUGAAAUGAUUUUUGUAAACUAAAGUACUGUUGUGGCCCAAUGCGUUUUACACAUAUUGUUUCUUGUGUUUAUUCUUGUUUAUAUUGUAAAGUCCUAAUUUUGCCAGAUCAAAUUGGCAUCUGCAAAAGCUGUUUAUAACUGUAAAUAAACUCACUCGGAUGGUCA